AGAUAAAAAUAAUAAAAAAGCCUUGCUCUGUCAAUCAAUAAUAAUGCUAAUUUGUCUAGAGCUGCUGUAGCGUGCAGGGGCAGAGCAGCAGGGGUGCAGCAGGGGUGCAGCAGGGCUCGGUGCAGGGUCAUGAUGCUGGCACAGAGUGCAGGCGUGCAACCAACGUGGGUUCGGCGCAGCAGGCGGCAAGGGGAUUUGGUGCAGAGGAAGGCUGGCGCAGUGCAGAGCUGGAGAUUGAUGCAGAUUCGGUGCAGAGCAGGUGCAGGAUAUGGUCGAAUGACCGAAAGAGUAGAGUAUGAGUAUGGUCGAAUGACCAGAACAGUAGAGUAUGAGUAUGGUCGAAUGACCGAAACUGUAGAGCAUGAGUAUGGUCGAAUGACCGAAACUGUAGAGCAUGAGUAUGGUCGAAUGACCGAAACUAUAGAGCAUGAGUAUGGUCGAAUGACCGGAAUAGUAGAACAUGAGUAUGGUCGAAUGACCGAAAGAAAUAAAGUAUCAGUAUGGUCGAAUGACCGAAACAGUAGAGUAUGAGUAUGGUCGAAUGACCAAAAGGAGUAAAGUAUGAGUAUGGUC